CACACACACACACACACACACACACUGCCACAGACUGGCCCAGUGAAAGCAACAAACAACAGCCUGAAGAAGACUUUAGACUUAUCCUUUAGCUGAAUUUUUCAAAGUUGCUUGUUGGACGCCAUGUUGGUGAGAUGGGUGUGGCUGGUAGUUUCUCUGUCCUUCUGUGAUGGAAAUGAUCCGUUCUCAGUGGUGGUUCCUCGGGCUCCGGUCUACGGUCUGCUCGGGAGCUCCGUGACUCUACCCUGCUCUAUCUCACCACCUUUAAACGCUGUAAACUUUGAGGUUCUCUGGUAUCGUCCUCAGGAGGGUCACACCCCCAUUGUGUUUUAUCAGGACCUGGAGAUCAGGAAGAAUCCUAGAAAUCCACAGUAUCAGGGCAGAGUGUCUCUGAUAGGAGGACUGGAUAAAGGGAACGUAUCUGUGAAGCUGGAGAACAUCAGGCUAGAAGAUAAAGGAGAGUAUAUCUGCAGAGUGGAGAAGACUGACGAGGGUGAAGAGUGGUAUGAUGAGGCCACAGUGUCUCUACAGGUCAAAGUUGAAAGAUCUGCUCCUGUUCUCUCUGUAUCUGAUGUUGGAGGAGGGCUGGUGAACGUUUCUUGUGAAUCACAUGGUUGGACACCAAAACCGUCACUCAAAUGGACAGACAGAGACGGGAGGAACCUGAAAAAUCUCAGCACAGACAUUUUCACCAAAGAUUCUGAAGGGUUGAUCAGUGUGAGCUCCUGGUUGCUGGUUUCUCUCUCUGCGUCUGAUUGGCUCUCCUGCUCUGUGGGUUUUUCUGAUUCUUCUUCAGAGAGGAAAGAGUCUCGAGUGCUGUUAUACACGUCUACAGGUCUGAAUGGAUCUGAAAGAAAAGAGACAGAAUAUAGAGAAGAGUCUUGGAAAGUUGCCUUUAUUGCAACCCUCACCCUCUCACUGCUGGGCAUUGUGGGAGUUGGAGUGUAUUGUGUGUUACUUCGAAAAGGUCUGAUUGGAUCCAAGACGAAGAAGACAGAAGGCAGAGAAGAAACUCAGAUACUGAAUGAAGUGGAGGAACAGCAGCCGCCUCAACCUCAGACUGAAGAUACUCCUCACCAGCCUACAGAGUCUACAGGAGGAAAUAAUGAUCAUGAUCCUCAAAGAAACCAGACCUCACCACCUCCUGCAGUGUUUUUAGGAAGAGAUCAGGAUCAGAAUGCUGAAGCAAACCACAAUUCAUCACCACCUGCAGAAACUCAGAUACUGUAUGAAGUGGAGGAAAAGCAGCCGCCUCAACCUCAGACUGAAGAUACUCCUCACCAGCCUACAGAGUCUACAGGAGGAAAUAAUGAACAAGAUCAUCAACUAAAUAUGAACUCUGCACCACCUGCAGCUGAGUUGCAGCAGGUGAAAAGGUUUAAAGUGAACAUCAACAUAGACUCAGAAGAAACUCCAAAGUUCUUCAGAAUAUCACACGGAGGAAAGGAUGUGCGCUGCAUUCUACCUAAAGAGAAUCAUGAAGAAGAGGAACGUAAAAUCUUCACUCUGUGUGAAGAGAGGUUCAGCUCUGGUCAGCAGUACUGGGAGCUGAAGGUGAAGGAGAAUUAUAAUCAGAAACUCUCCUGGUUUGUUGGGGUGGCAACUGAUGAAGCUGAGAGAAUUCACAGGAUCCCAUUUAGACCACAGAACGGAUUCUGGGUUCUCUUUUACGAGGAGGGAAAAGGAGUUUAUAUCAGAGAGUCACGAUCACCAACACCAUUACCACAUAUCAGUGCUGAUCUCAGUGUUAUAGGAGUGUUUUUAGACUGUGAUAAUCACACUCUGUCCUUCUUUAAUGCUAAAACACAAUCACACAUCUACACUUUCACCAGUGUAACAAUCAGAACAUCACUGCGUCCUCUGAUCAGCCCUGGAAUACGAGACAUUAUACCUGUAAAGAUCUGUUAA